AGCAAACCAGCAGCUCUUGUGGGCAAUGAGCAGCCGUUUGAGCAGCCAAUGAGCAGCUGCCGUCCCUUGUUUGCGGACCAUGAAGCGUCAGAAGAACCAGGCCAAGAAGGAGGAGAAAAAGGCGGCGAAGAGCCAAGAGAAGCCGCAGAGUGCUUUGUUGAUGCUGGGCAUCCGCCUGGUGGCCUGCCUGCUGGUUUGUGGCUUCGGCCUCAUCGCCGGCGCCAGCGACAGCUUUCACUCCGAGGUGGAGAGAAAGACCAGCAUUUUUCUUCGCUUGCCUAUCUUCUUUGUGACCCAGGGUCUCUUGAAUGAUCUCUUCCUGGGCCUUGGGUUGCAACUGGCCCGACGCAUUUGCGGAGAUCCAGGUGAUUUGCCCUGGGAUCCCUUGAAAGAGGAGGUGAUCCACCACGACUCGCGUAUCACAUGGCCAGCGAUUGAGCUGCCAAAGGAACUGCAGCCCUAUAAGUCCAGAGUGGGACAACCCUUCUUCCUGAACCAUGUCACCGGUCGCCAGCGCUGCAAGGAUGCUUGCAUGCGCUGUGGCAUGGGUGUUGGUGCUUUGCUGGGUGUAUGGUUCAUGUGCGUGAGCAUCUGGGCAAAGAACCGGAGCUCCUUGGGCUUCACCUUAGACAUGCCCUUCUUCAGUGAGGCCUCCAUGGGCUUCGCCGUGGGGGUCUUCAUCGUGGCGUUCAUGUUCGCCAUCGAACUGCUGAAUGGCUGGGUGAUCUUCAUCCAGUUCUUUGAGGUGUUCGAUCAGUCUGAGAAUUUCUGGAUUUGCAUCUUUUGGGACGUGGUCUUCCACUUGCCUCUCAACACCGAAGGAACUUCCUGUGCGAGGCUGGUUGCUGUGGCCCGGUGUGGCUUACUUCCAGCUUUCAGCGAUGCACGCAUUUGUGAUGGCCAUGGUGCUGGAGUCUGUUGUCUUCGUUGCGAUGCACUUGCCAUCGCCAGGUGGCACGAAGCCCUUGAGCAUGCUGAACUUGUUUGUGGGUGGCCUUGCUGGCGGUCUCAAUGUGCUCUUGACGAGCGGUCGCCUAGGCUUCGCCUUGGGUUGGCAUUUCGGUUGGAACAUUUCCAUGGGCAAUGUCUUUGGGCGCAGCACCAGCGGCAUCCCAAUCUCAGAACAGCACACGGCCAACUCUGCGACCUCUCGGCUUGUGUUUUUGGAAUUGGUCUUUGGGUGGCUGAGCUUCAUGUUCUUCAAAGCAUGACUGCCACUCUGCAACCCGGAGGCUGUCGACAUGCUUUUUCUUUCAACACGAUGCCGCCUGAGGCCACAUUCAUCUCAGUGGUCCCUCACCCUCAGAAGGAGAAUUACCAUGGUGGCGUCUUCGGGCCUGAGGGCGGCGUGAUCUCGCCGGCGGCCUACCUCUUGGGACGCCUGGUGUUGAUCUACGGCUUUCCGGACACCUCGGUCACCGGUCCUCAGCUCUUGGCCCUGUGACCGCUGCGUUCGGAAAAUAUUCCGCCCGACCGCGGCGCGCCCUUCGCAUGCG